AUGGCUUGGGCUGUCGCAACCUGCCUGGGUUGGGCCGCCGUCCUCGGUAUUACAUUCCCCCGGAUGCUCCAUGCCAUGACUCCUACUGGCGCUUUCGGCUUUUAUGCUGGACUAAACGUUAUCGCUCUGGUUAUGAUCUUCUUCUGGGUCCCCGAGACCAAGCAACGAACCCUUGAAGAACUCGAUUACAUAUUCGCCGUCCCGACCCGCACCCACAUGAGGUACCAGCUCCGACAAGUCCUUCCUUGGUGGAUCAAGCGUUAUGUUCUCUUUCAGAAGAACGCUCGCCUUGAGCCCCUUUACAAGUUCGAUCACGUCACGGCGACCUCGUAG